UGGGGGGGUCAAAUCACUCCCCCCUCCUGCUCAGAGUGGACUCAUGAUGGCUCUAGUGGUUCACCUGAAGACGGUGGCUCACCUGCGGGGCAGAGGUGACCGGAUCGCCAAAGUUACAUUCAGAGGUCUGCCCUUCUUCAGCCGCGUGGCAGAGAACUGUGAGGAGGUGGCUCACUUUAAUGAGACAUUUCGAUGGCCCAUUGCCAGCAGGUUGGAUGGAAAUGAGAUGCUUGAGAUCCAAGUGUACAACUACAGCAAAGUUUUCUCCAACAGACUGAUCGGGACUUUCUGUAUGGUGCUUCAGAAGGUGGCUGAAGAGGGACACUUAGAGCUGACCGACACACUCAUUGAUGACAACAACACAUCAAUCAAGACCAGUGUCACCAUAGAGAUCAGAUACCAGCCGAUGGAUGGCGCAGUGGGAGCGUGGAGCGACAGAGAGUUCCUGGAUGUUACCGAUGACCGUGACGGGAUGUUCACCUUUGAAACCGACAGUUUGCUUUCGGGACAGAGCCACGGGUCUGGGACUUCCCCUGGACGAUCUUUACAGGGAUCCAUACCAACAUUCAGGAAAGCAGGAAAGGGCGUCUUCUCAGCCAUGAAGCUCGGCAAGAUCAAGAGCCCUAAAGACGACCACAAGAGAGGAGAUGAGCCCGCAGUCCUGGAAAUGGAAGAUCUGGACAAGAAGGCCAUGCGUCUCGCAGGGAUGCUGGAACCAGACACCAUAUCUCUGGCCUCUGUGACAGCUGUCACCACCAACGUUUCCAACAAAAGGUCGAAGCCAGAUAUCAAGAUGGAGCCGAGCUCUGGAAGACCAGUUGAUUAUCAGAUCAGCAUUACAGUGGUUGAGGCUCGCCAGCUAAUAGGUCUGAACAUGGACCCCGUGGUGUGUGUGGAGGUGGGAGAUGACAAGAAGUACACAUCUAUGAAGGAGUCCACCAACUGUCCGUACUACAACGAGUAUUUUGUCUUUGAUUUCCACGUCCCCCCUGAUGUCAUGUUUGACAAGAUCAUCAAGCUUUCAGUUAUUCAUUCUAAAAACCUGUUACGAAGUGGAACGUUAGUGGGAACCUUUAAGAUGGAUGUGGGGACUGUUUACUCUCAGCCUGAACACCAGUUCUACCACAAGUGGGCUAUCCUGUCUGAUCCGGAUGACAUCACUGCAGGAUGCAAAGGUUACGUGAAAUGUGACAUCGCUGUGGUUGGAAAAGGUGACAACAUCAAGACCCCACACAAAGCCAACGAAACAGAUGAAGAUGACAUAGAGGGAAAUCUGUUGCUCCCUGAAGGCAUCCCAGCAGAGCGGCAGUGGGCGAGAAUUUAUGUAAAAAUUUACCGUGCAGAGGGACUUCCCAAAAUGAACACCAGCAUUAUGGCGAAUGUGAAGAAAGCCUUCAUAGGAGAGAACCGAGACCUGGUGGACCCCUAUGUUCAAGUGCAAUUUGCUGGCCAAAAGGGAAAAACUUCAGUCCAGAAGAGCAGCUAUGAACCAAUCUGGAAUGAGCAGGUUAUCUUCACAGAGCUGUUUCCUCCUCUCUGCAAAAGAAUCAAGGUCCAAAUAAGAGACUCAGAUAAGGUCACUGAUGUUGCCAUAGGAACCCACUUCAUCGAUCUACGCAAGAUAUCAAAUGAUGGCGAUAAAGGCUUCCUGCCCACCCUGGGCCCAGCCUGGGUCAACAUGUAUGGCUCCACCCGUCAUUACACACUCAUGGACGAGCAUCAGGACCUGAACGACGGACUUGGAGAAGGUGUGUCCUUCCGAGCACGACUCCUGAUUUCUGUAGCUGUGGAGAUCCUGGACACCGUAUCACCUGAUAUCAUCAGCUCAACUGAGGUUCAAAUGGAGUCUGUCUCCAACAUCUCAGAGAGUGCCACAGGGAAAAUGGAAGAGUUCUUCCUAUUUGGUUCCUUCCUGGAGGCCACCAUGAUCGACAGGAAGAUCAGCGACAAACCGAUCAGUUUUGAAAUUACAAUAGGUAACUACGGCAACCAGAUAGAUGGAGUGAGUAAAUCUUCCACGGCUAAGAAGAGAAAGAAAGACGGGGAGAAUGAAGAUGAGGAGAACGAGCUGAUACAGAACUCGAGUGAGGACGAGGCGGAAGAAGACAGCAACAUCACCUCAGUCUCAUCAACUCCUCCAAUGAAGCCUUUCAUCACUGACAGAAAUUACUUCCAUCUGCCCUAUUUUGAAAAGAAGCCGUGCGUCUACAUCAAGAGCUGGUGGCAGGACCAGAGGCGACGACUUUACAACUCAAACAUGAUGGAUAAGAUUGCAGACAAGCUGGAAGAGGGAUUAAAUGAUGUUCAAGAGAUUAUUAAGACAGAGAAGGCCUUUCCAGAGCGCAGACUCAGGGGAGUGCUGGAGGAGCUGAGCGUCGGCUGCAGUAAGUAUGUGACGCUUGCCAACAAAGACGUGAAUCAGGCAGGCAGAACCAAACUCGAUCGAGAACGACUCAAAUCCUGCAUGAGAGAGAUGGACAGCAUGGGACAACAGGCCAGGCAGAUCCGCACACAGGUGAAGAAAAACACAGUCAGAGACAAACUCAAGCUGGCGCAGAACUUCCUGCAGAGGCUUCGUUUCCUCGCUGAUGAGCCACAGCACAGCAUUCCAGAUGUUUUCAUCUGGAUGAUGAGCAACAAUAAGCGCAUCGCCUACGCCCGGAUUCCUUCCAAAGAUAUCCUGUACUCCAUAGUGGAUGAAGAAACGGGCAAAGACUGUGGAAAAGUGAAAGCUGUCUUUCUCAAGUUGCCAGGUAAAAAGGGCUUUGGUCCUGCAGGCUGGACAGUUCAGGCUAAACUGGAGUUAUAUCUGUGGCUGGGCCUCAACAAACAACGAAAGGACUUCCUCAGUGGUCUCCCGAAUGGUUUUGAGGAGAUUAAAGCAGCCAAAAUGGGCCCCAGUCUUCACUCUUUACCCCCAGUCAGCCUCGUCUACAACAUGAAGCAGGUGUUUCAGCUGCGAGCUCACAUGUACCAGGCCCGCAGUCUGUUUGCGGCCGACAGCAGUGGUCUCUCAGACCCCUUUGCUCGGGUCUUCUUCUCCACACACAGCCAGGUUACCGAGGUUCUGAGUGAGACUCUUUGCCCCACAUGGGACCAGCUGCUGGUGUUUGAUGAUGUGGAGCUGUUCGGGGAGGCCAGUGAGCUGAGGGACGACCCUCCAAUCAUCGUGGUUGAACUAUACGACCAAGACACUGUGGGUAAGGCAGAGUACAUAGGUCGGACAUUUGCAAAGCCCACCAUCAAGAUGUGUGAUGAGCAUUACGGGCCUCCCAGGUUCCCCCCACAGCUGGAGUACUACCAGAUAUACAGAGGGAACUGCACUGCCGGCGAGCUGCUGGCUGCCUUUGAGCUUCUGCAGAUUGGUCAAGGAGGCCGGGCUGACCUUCCACCCCUCGAAGGACCAACAGACUCCGAGCAUGGACCCAUCAUCCCUGUGCCGCUGGGUAUACGACCCAUUCUGAGUCGCUAUCGCAUAGAGGUAUUAUUCUGGGGAUUAAGGGACCUCAAGAGGAUAAACCUAGCUCAAGUUGAUCGACCCAGAGUGGACAUCGAGUGUGCAGGUCGAGGAGUUCAGUCAGCUCUUAUUCAGAACUACAAGAAAAAUCCCAACUUCAGCACUCUGGUCAAAUGGUUUGAGGUGGACCUUCCAGAAAAUGAGCUUCUCCAUCCUCCCCUGAACAUCCGGGUGGUGGACUGCAGAGCGUUUGGCCGCUACAUCCUGGUGGGGUCCCAUGCUGUUACCAGCUUGAGGCGUUACAUCUACAGCCCUCCAGACAAGACGUCCAACAACUGGGCCAAUGCAGGUGACGUCAUCGUGAGCUUGGAAGAUGAACCCCCGAUGCGCAAGAUGGACACUGUCGUCAAGUUAGACGCUAUGUCUGAUGCUGUUGUAAAAGUUGACAUGAUCGAAGAAGAAAGCGACAAAGAGAAAAAGAAGAAGAAAAAGAAGAAGAAGGGAGGAGCGGAGGAAGAGGAGGAGACAGACGAGAGAGUGCUAGAUUGGUGGUCCAAAUAUUUUGCCUCAAUUGAGACGCUGAAGGAGACCCUCAGAGCUCAGGAGGCGGCUCAGGCGGAAGCAGAGGAAAGAGAGGACUUCGAGAUCGCAGUCGAAGCUGCAGAUAACAGACCUGAUGACCCUCUUCUGAGAGGCUCUAAGAUGAAGGACAAAAUCAAGGAGAAGAAGAGCUCCAAGGACAAGAAGAAGGGUCAUACUGCAGACGGGUCAGAGAAACGACCAGUCAAACCAAAAGUAGAUGAGUUAAAGGUGUACAACAAGGAGUUGGAGAAUGAGUAUGGCAACUUCGAAGACUGGCUUCACACUUUUAACUUGUACAGGGGAAAGGCUGGAGAUGACGACGAACACACGCUGGAUGAUGACAGGAUUGUGGGCAGAUUCAAGGGUUCCCUGUGUAUGUACAAGCUGCCCCUUUCUCAGGAGAUCACACGAGAGGCAGGAUUCGAUCCUAAUAUGGGAAUGUUUCAGAGCAUUCCUCAUAACGAUCCCAUCAACGUCCUCGUUCGAGUUUAUGUGGUCAGGGCCACAGACCUCCAUCCUGCUGAUAUCAAUGGCAAGGCUGAUCCGUACGUUGUCAUUAAGCUGGGCAAGUCAGAGAUCAAAGACAAGGAGAACUACAUCUCCAAGCAGCUCAACCCAGUGUUUGGCAAAUCUUUUGACAUCGAGGCUACGUUCCCCAUGGAGUCCAUGUUAACAGUGUCUGUGUAUGACUGGGAUUUGGUCGGCACCGACGACCUGAUCGGAGAGACGAAAAUUGACUUGGAGAAUCGGUUCUACAGCAAAUUCAGGGCAACAUGUGGCAUUUCAUCCAACUACUCUGUGCAUGGGUACAACGUUUGGAGGGACCCUAUGAAACCCAGUCAGAUCCUGGCUAAACUCUGCAAGGAUGGUAAGAUUGAUGGUCCUCAUUAUGGGCCGGGAGGAAAAGUCAAGGUGGCAAAUCGAAUAUUUAUGGGACCAACAGAAAUAGAGGAUGAAAAUGGCCUGAAGAAGCAGACUGAGGAGCAUUUAGCCUUGGUAGUGCUGAACCACUGGGAGGAAAUCCCCAGAGUUGGCUGUAAGCUCGUUCCUGAACAUGCGGAAACCAGACCUCUGCUGAACCCCGACAAACCUGGAAUCGAACAGGGUCGCAUUGAGAUGUGGGUGGACAUGUUUCCCAUGGACAUGCCUGCUCCUGGACCUGCAAUCGACAUAUCACCACGGAAACCAAAGAAAUAUGAGCUCAGGGUGAUUAUUUGGAAUACAGACGAAGUAAUUCUGGAGGACGAUGAUUACUUCACUGGGGAAAAGUCCAGUGACAUAUUUGUCAGGGGAUGGCUGAAAGGGCAGCAGGAAGACAAACAGGACACAGAUGUGCAUUAUCACUCCCUGACUGGUGAGGGCAACUUUAACUGGCGUUUCGUCUUCCCUUUCGAUUACCUCGUGGCUGAGGAGAAGAUUGUUAUUUCUAAAAAGGAGUCCAUGUUCUCCUGGGAUGAGACUGAAUACAAGAUCCCUCCUCGUCUCACGCUGCAGGUCUGGGAUGCAGACCACUUCUCUGCUGAUGACUUCCUGGGUGCGAUAGAGCUUGACCUGAACAGGUUCCCUCGUGGGGCCAAGACGGCCAAGCAGUGUUCCCUCAACAUGAUUCGAAAUGAGCAGGAGCUGCCCACCAUUUCCAUCUUCAAACAGAAACGGGUCAAAGGAUGGUGGCCUUUCGUGGCCCGGGAUGAGAAUGAUGAAAUGGAGCUCACGGGUAAGGUUGAGGCUGAGCUCCACCUGGUGACGGGAGAGGAAGCAGAGAAAAGUCCCGUGGGGUUGGGACGAAAUGAGCCUGAUCCACUGGAGAAACCCAAUCGCCCAGACACCACCUUCCUGUGGUUCCUGAGCCCGCUGAAAGCCAUCCGCUACCUGGUGUGCAGCCGUUACAAGUGGCUGAUCAUCAAGAUUGUGCUGGCCCUGCUGCUGCUCAUCAUGCUGGGCCUCUUCCUCUACAGCAUGCCUGGAUACCUUGUCAAGAAGCUGCUGGGCGCUUAG